CAUCGCGGCACUUCCUGCUUUUCGACUGUAAACUUUUGACACAAAAUGAAGUUGAAAAUCCGAUAUUUUUUUGUUUAACAAAUGGAUUCAACGUUUAGGACAAUCAGCGGGCAUCUCUGGGACUGUGUAAAUUAACCACGAACCGGACUUUUAAUCAGCAAGAGCUUAUGUACAAGAGUGUGUAUUUUUGUCUUUAGUUUUUUUUUUUAUAAAUCAUGGAGGAUCCGAACAGACCACAGAGAAAGAUGUCCACUGCUGGGGACAGUCUCUACAAAGUCCUGGGGCUGGAGAAAGGAGCUACUCAAGAUGAAAUCAAGAGAGCUUACAGGAAGUUAGCUUUGAGGCAUCACCCAGACAAGAACCCGGACAACCCCGAAGCUGCCGAGAAGUUUAAGGAAAUCAACAACGCCAACUCGAUCCUGAGUGAUGAAAACAAACGGAGAAUCUACGACGAGUACGGCUCCAUGGGGCUGUAUGUGGCGGAGCAGUUUGGAGAAGAAAGCGUCAAAUACUACUUCCUCAUGUCCAAGUGCUGGUUCAAGGGCCUGGUGAUCUGCUGCACCAUCUUCACGUGCUGCUGCUGUUUAUGCUGCUGCUGUUUCUGUUGUGGCAAAUGUGCUGGCAAAGAAGAGGAGGACUUCGCUUACAUCGACCCCGAGGACCUGGAGAACGAACUGCGCCAACAAGAAGCAGAAGAAGACUCUGUUAUAAUCACUCAGCCGAGCUCUGACCGAGCAGAAGGUGAAAAUACGCCCAUCGUGAUCCAACCUCAGGCGGCAAACGGAGCUGGACCCAGUAACCCUCCCAUUGCUCUCCCAGACAAAUGAAGCACCAACACCCACCCCUCUGCGCCCGUCUACCCGACCCCGGGACGCCAAAACUGGGCAGAGACUUCAGCCUUGGCCCCUCUCAUCUCUGGAGGUCCCUUUGGUGAUUUUAACUAUGCAACUUCCCCACGUACAGACUGACUUUAAACAGCGUUUCUGGUGGUUUACACAGCUCUCUGAAUGUGCCAAUGUAGAUUUUUGACAAUUAGCCAAUCAAAUAUUUAUUUUUUAAUCCUUUUAUUAUUGUUGUCAUGGGAACCGCAUAGGGAAAAGUUGAUUAACGUGCACUUUAAACGAUAUUUUUAAAUUGUGAUGCUGCCAAAAUGGUCUGAUAACUUUGGGAAAUAUUUUAGACUUUAAUUCCGAGGCAAAUUAAUAUGCAAAUUAGAUGCAUAAUACAUGGAUUAAGCCAAACUCAAGCACACAAUAUGACCUGGGUUAGUCCUGGUUUAGUCCUGGGUUAGUCCUGGUUUAAACCUGCUUUAGUGCUGGUUCAGUUUCAGUUUAAUGCAGUUCUUGUAGGGUUUUCCAGGUCUACAGUGGUCAGUGUCCGUCAGUGCUGCUUUAGACCUUAGCAAGUCCUGGUUUAGUCCUAGUUAAGUCCUGGGCUAGACGUGCUUUAGUCCUGGUUUGGACCUGGGUUUAGAAUUGGUUUAGUCCUGGCUUAGUCCUAGUUUAGUCCUACUUUAUUCCUGACUUAAUUAAGCUCUUGAGGGGGGUUCCCAGUCUGCAGUGGUCCUUAUACAUGUGUGCUGCUUUAGACCUUGGUUUAGACCUGGUUUAGUCCUGGGUUAAACCUGGGUUAAACCUGCUUUAGUGCUGGUUCAGUUUCAGUUUAAUGCAGUUCUUGUUGGGUUUUCCAGGUCUGCAGUGAUCAGUAUCCAUCAAUGCUGCUUUAGACCUUGGCCAGUCCUGGGUUAGUCCUGGGUUAGUCCUGGGUUAGUCCUGGUUUAGUCCUGGUUUAGUCCUGGUUUAGUCCUGGUUUAGUCCUGGUACACAAACUCUUUCCUCACUCAUGCUGGCUGCUGUUUAGCUACCUCUCAUUGAAGUGCUUAGUCCUAAAAAAGAAAGAAAAAAUCACCUUUUUAAAGCCAGUUUCAGUAAAAAAAAAACAAACAAAAAACUAAACUACCACAGAUACUUUAGGAUACAACAUUAACAUUUAAUAGGACUUGAGACAUGCUUCUUUUUAAAGGUCUGAACUUUGUGCCUUAUGUAACUGGGAUAUUUAAAAGCACUGUCGGGUUUACACCUUUUUAUCUCUGUAUAUUUGUCUGUAUAUGGAUGGUUCAAAUCUAUAGUAUUUCAUCUAAUUUUAUAAAUGUGAUUUUGAAUUAUUGCCACUGCAAAAAUGGGAUAAAUUACUUGAACUUGGAAUGUUAAUCUUAGAGUAAUGCGUUGUUGAGUUAGAGGAGCACUGCGUAACUUUUCUGUUGCACGGUCGGCUGCCUGUUUCCAUGGGGAUGCCGUUGUCUGGCCUGGAUUGUUCCAAAUUGUGGCAUUAAACUAAGGGACGAUCUUACAACCCCAUUCACAGUAAGAAUGUAUUUUAUUAACGUUUUUUUGUUGUUGUUGUUGUUGCACUAAAAAUAGCUGUAAUCGAAUAAAUGCAACAGUGCAAUAUAUGAGAUUAAUGCCAUACUGUGGAACAUUCCAGGCAAAUGAUAAAAUCUCCAAGGAGACAAGCCCCUCACAUUGCAGGUUAAUAAAUAUCGCACUGGUUCGUAUAUUUUGUUUCUCUUAUUUUAAAGAUGUACUAUGUAAAUUUUCUGGUGGAGCAUUAAGGUUGCUUGUUCCAUGGAGAUGACAUUCCUGUGCUUGGAAUAUUCCACAGUAUGGCAUUACAUUAUAGAUUUAGCUGCUUCCAUGGGGAAAACGUUGGUGAAAAGGUGUUUUUAGUAGGACAUUUAAUAGUUGAAACUUAAAUAAGAUUAAUUAAUGCUGUACUUUUGGAACAUUCUAGGCAAAACUUUGACAUUUCUAUGUAGCAGGUGACAGACCCUUCCCCAGCGCAAAUGUUACACAGUUUAUUUAGAAAAUUGCACUUAAUUUGCCCAGUCAAAAAUCGUUUGACUGGUCAAUGCAUUGGCAGUAAUUUGGAAAAGUCCAAACAAGAUUCAUUUAGAUUUCAAGUCUUUUAAGCUCACGUCUGCAGUCUGGGUGUGUUUCUAAAUGUUGUGUUGAGCGUCACAUGUACAGUUUAACUUUUCACAAAUGGGGCUGCACUGUUUGGUUUUGUCUUCUCAGGGUUUUUCUUGAAAUCUUCAGUCUUCCAUGUUGAAAAAACGAUGUUAAUCUCCAUCCUCUGUUCCUCUUCUCCUCUCCUCAUCCUCUGUUCCUCUGACCCUCUCUUCUGCUUCUCUGACCCUCUGACCUUCUCCUCUGCUCCUCUGACUCUCUCCUCUUUUCCAUCUGACCUUCCCUGACCCUCUCCUCCUCCUCUGGUCCUAUCUAUUAUAACAUUUUAAACGGUUAAAAAUGCAAAGUCAAUGAUUGAAAAAACUGUCAGUGUUUAAAAUAUAAAUGUGAAAAAAAUACCAUUGCGUACAAAUUCCUCUAUAGUCAUGAUUCACUGAAAUUCACCGUAGUGGAUGGAUUUUAUUUUAUUAAAGAUUAUUAAAUUGACACAAAAUGUACUCUUGUGAGCAUUAUGUCAUGUUAUAAUGUUCUUACCUCCUCAAAAACAUGGACCUGGAGUUGUGAUUAGUUUUGUUUCAUUCACAAAUGUUUGGGUAAUCCUGCAUUAUUAAGGUGGAGCAGAGUGUUUUCUGUUUGAGUGAGUCCACAGGGUUUGUGUGUGAAACAUGUGAAUGAAACUCCAGGUAUUAAUUUUUUUUUUGAUGAGGAAACAACAUAAUAAUAUAGAUCAGAAAACUUGAGACAGAGCAGUGCCACCAGCUAGCAUCAGCAUCAACCCUAGGGAAACUUGAUGACGUCAGCUGCAUCAGUAUCAAAAGAACAUGAAGUUCUUAUUUGCAUUUUAAACAUUGUUCAGUUUUUACUGUUAUUUGAAUAUCUUAUUUUGACAUGUUUUGAAAGUGCCUGUUGUAAUUUGAGACAGUCUGUCUGCUGUCAAUCAUGCCACAUUCCUCUUAUAUCAUAUUUUAAAGUUAUAAUAAAAUAAACUGUUCUUGUAUUGCC